AUGCAGCUGCUGGCCGGCGACUUUGUGCGGAUUGCACAAUUAUGGCGUGCUGGCUCAGCCAGUCCUGUACAAGAUACAAGUCCCGACGAUCUCAAACGGCCACCAAAAGGAUCUGCGCUGUGCAGCUUGAGCCUCAUGCGACCGCACCGGUACCGGCACAUCAUCCCCGCGAAAGGUAGCCUUGCAGUCCAGUCCGUCGUCCGCAAUGCGCUGUCCACCGCUGCCGCUGUCCAACAGCUAUCAGAUCGACUGAUGCUUCUGCAGUCGCGUCGAGCUUCCAAGCCCUAUGCAGUAUGCCGCAUGGCACUCCAAAAAAGCCGAACAAGUCUCAAGAUAGCUCCAGGUCAACAACGACCACCCAUGUCACUUUGUUCUUUCCGCCGUCGCAUCUCCACCAAUGUCCGCCCCGACAGCAGCGGAAACACGAGCGGUUAUACUCGUUUCGCACAACCCGAAGGAACAAGAGGCGCAAUCUGUAUCUCGCUAGUCCUAGUCCUGCCGUCCUCCUUCUCGAACCGCGCAAGUCUUGCAGUAGACGUUGCGAGGGUGUGGGUGGCGAAGAAACUUGAACGAUAG